CGUUUUAAAAUGAAUAACAAAAUAUCCUGAAAUGAGUCUUAGUAUAUUCGCUUAUUUUUUAAUUUUUAUUAUUGAAUGUAGACUAUGCCAAGAAACAAAAAGAUACGACAAUUAUACCUUGUACAAUAUCAUACCUACGGAACGGUAUCAAUUAAAAUUCUUGCAAACUCUCGAAAGUAAAAAGUACAUUGAUGUUAUAUUUUGGAGGAGACCAUUUAAGUUAUACUCUAGUAUCCAGAUAUUAGUGAGUCCAAUGGAUGUAGAACUUUUCGAGGAAAGGCUUGUACAUUUUGGUAUAAAAUCAUCAGUUUCGUCGAAAGAUAUUCAGAAGUUAUUUGAUAAACAAACGGUUAUGCGUUACAUGCGCCUAAAUGUUGAUACAUACUCAUGGACGCAUUACCAUAGUUUGGAAGAUGUGUAUCAAUGGAUGGCAGAUAUCGCCGAUAAACAUCCUAAAUUCGUUCAUUUGACAGCUAUUGGCAUGUCUGCUGAAGGGAGAGAGAUUCUCGCACUAAGUAUCGAGAGACCUAAUGCAAAAGCAAAGGUUAUGGUUGAAGGAGCAAUACAUGGUAAUGAAUGGAUUACAUGUGAAUUUGUUACGUUUCUGGCAAACGAAAUAAUCAACUCACAUAAGUCAGAGGAUCAUAAGCUGAAGAAAAUUGCACAUAAAUUUCAUUGGUUUUUUGUACCAGUUGCGAAUCCGGAUGGCUAUGCUUAUAGCAUGAAGACUGAUCGCUUGUGGCGUUAUAAUAGAAGACCCAUUACAAAUAUGAGUAUAGGUGUGGAUUUAAAUAGAAACUUUGAUUAUAAUUUCUGUGUUCAUGGCUCUGGAAAAUAUCCACAGGAAGAUGAUUAUUGCGGACCGCAGCCUUUUUCUGAGCCAGAAUCGAGUGCCCUUUCGUCCUUCAUAGCAACACAUAAGAGAGGACUUAAUUUCUACUUCUCAUUUCACGCCUACGGACAAAAGAUUUUAAUACCCUAUUCAGACAGAGUAAAACAUGUCGAGAACUUUGCGGAAAUGGAGAAUUAUGGAAAACAAGCAAUAAUGAAAAUGUAUAGAAUGAGUGGCGUCAAAUACUAUGUUGGGACAAUGUACGAUAUAUUUGGCUAUAGAACUUCCGGUGACAGCGCGUCAUUCGUGAAAAAGAAAUAUGGUGUCAAGUAUGUGAUAACGUUCUUGCUGCGCGACAACGGCACCUUCGGUUACGCGUUACCGUCCAAUCAGAUUCUUCCGACAUGCAAGGAGACUGUUGCGGGAUUGGCGGAACUCAUGACAGCACGGCACAGAAGACUCUCACCCUUAUUGUUUUCUGCGGCAACCAUUUCCAGAAAUAUUAAUUAUCUUUAUAUAGUUUUAUUUGUUUUGAUAUAUUAUACUCUUUAAUGUUG